ACGGUUCGAGCCGGCGGCUUAGGAACUGUGCUCCUUUGGUUCUUAGUUUUCCGCGAGUAAAUUGAACUAGCUGUGAGCGUACGUGUGUGUGUGUGUGUGUGUGUGGGUUUUAGUGUAUGUGCGUAUGCACGUGGGAGUGCGUGUGUUUAGGUCCUUUUGGGUUCUUGGCGUGCAAUCGAGCCACUACCACGCGGGCGGGACUACUACUAUAAAUCGAUCCGAUCAGCCACCCAUCAGCGGGAAAGAAGAGAUACAGACAGAGUAGCAUGCAUGCGUUCUCCAAUCAUCCUAGCGGGCUGCUGCCCGUGGAGCAGAACUACGAUCCGAGCAAACCGUCAAUCCGUGAGUUCUUCGCCGGCCGGGACGUGUUCGUGACCGGCGGCACCGGCUUUAUGGGAAAGGUUCUGAUCGAGAAACUGCUUCGUUCGUGCUCGGAACUGCGGACCAUCUACGUGCUGAUACGCGAGAAGAAACACAAGAGCGUGUCGGAGCGUAUCGCCGAGAUGCAUCAGCUUCCGCUGUUUGAGAAGCUGCGCCAGGAGGCGCCACAUCUGCUCGCCAAGACAGUGCCGGUGCGGGGCGACGUGUCCAUGCUCGGGCUCGGCCUAUCGCCCGACGACCGACAGCAGAUGCGCGAAGUAUCCGUCAUUUUCCACGUGGCCGCUAGCGUCCGCUUUGACGAUCCACUGCAGGCGGCGAUCCUACUGAACACUCGCGGUACGCAGGAGGUGGUGCGCUUCGCUGAACAGUUGCCGGACCUGCGGGUGCUGAUGCACGUCUCGUCGACCUACUCCAACCCGGACCGGUACGUCAUCGAUGAGGAGGUGUAUCCAGCGUACGCCGAUUGGCGCGACACGAUCCGGAUCGCGGAGCACUUCGACGAGCAGACGCUGGACGUGCUGGCGCCAAAGUACAUGGGCUUUCUGCCGAACACGUACGUGUUCACCAAGAGCCUGGCGGAGCAGAUCGUCGCCGAGCAUGCCGACCGGCUGCCGUUGAUCCUGUUCCGGCCCUCGAUCGUCAUCUCGUCGAUGAAGGAUCCGAUACCGGGCUGGAUGGACAACUUCAAUGGCCCGGUCGGGUUGCUGGUCGGUUGCGGUAUCGGUCUCUGCCGGACCAUGUACUGCGAUCCGAACAACAUUGCCGACUUUACUCCGGUGGAUGUGUGCAUCAAGGCGAUGAUUGUGGCGGCCUGGAAGCGCGGUACCGAGGUGAACGUUACCCACAAGGAAAGUGCGAACCCGAACCUUCCGAUCUAUAACUGCUGCAUCUCCAACCUGCGCAAUUCCACGAUGGCGCAAAUCGUCGAAAUGGGUCGCAUGAUAUCGAAUGAGAUUCCGCUCGACAAGUGCAUCUGGGCACCGGGCGGUGGCAUCACGCAGGUCCGUAUCUACAAUCUGUUCCGGGUGCUGCUGUACCAUAUACUGCCGGCCAUUCUCAUCGACGGUGUAUUCCGCUUGAUGGGUCAAAAACCAUUCCUGGCGAAACUGCAGCGCAAAAUCUACACCGCCAACGUGGCGCUCGAGUACUUCAUUUUGAACAACUGGGACUUUAAGAAUCGCAACUUCAUCCGGUUAGCGUCGGAGAUAAAGCCCGAGGACAAUAAAGACUUUUAUUAUCGGGACUUUAUCGAGUUUGAUGUGACGCUGUACUUCCGGAACUGCAUACUCGGUGCCCGGCGCUAUCUGCUGAAAGAGAAGGACGAAAAUAUUCCCAAGGCGCUGGUUCACCUGCGGCGCAUGAAGCUACUCGACAAGGUGUGCAAAACCAUCAUCGUGGCAGUGUUCCUGUACCUUCUGCUCAUCCAGCUCGAUCUGCUCGGCAUGAUACUGCACCUGGUCGGCUAUACCCCGUCGUUCGAUCUGGGUUGCAAGUGACUCCCGGCCCGUGCGCGCCCCAUCAGGCUUGCCGGUGUUCUCCAUUUUAUUUUAAAAAAACAAAACAACAAUGGUGAAAUGAAAGGAAAAUAA